AAUUUUCUCAUUAUUGACUAAAAUAUAAAAAAAUCAUUGAUUUAUAUUUGGGAACUUUGGGGGCUUUGCUUAAGGAAAACGUAUAUGAAAAGAGGGUAAUUUAUUAUUAUAGUUGAGAAAUCAUUUCAAUUGUCAAAAUAGCAGAAAUAAAGCAACGCAAAGAUCCAGAAAAGAAUCUGGAAGCGGAAGAGGUCGAUAUAUGACGUUCAAUUUGUGCAUUUACUUUGUAAGACAAAAUCCAACUGCCCCCGAUUUUAUAAGCGCAAGCAAUCCCUGACCAAAAACACAUAUACCAUCAAGAGGUAAACAAAAUCGAAAAAUCGAACAAACAAGGCUACACCUUUUUAGUGGAAUAGAGCGAGCGUGCAGCAAUGGCAGCAAACGAUUCUGGUGUGGACACAAGCAACAUAUAUCCCGAUGAAGUUAUUAUGGAUAAUGGUGUUGCAUUCAAUGUGCGGUAUACUGGUUGCAUUGAGGUAAACACUUCCAUGAAAUCAUUAGAUUUCGUUACAAGAACUCAAGUGGCGAGAGAAUGCAUUAAUCGUGUUUGCGAGGCCGCUGGCCUGAAGUCUGGUAAAAGACACAUGGACAAGAAAAUUGCUCAGUACAUAGCUGAUAGGCCAUGUAUGCGAAAUGCUGGUACCAAUGUUAUCAUAAACGUUUCCAGUCGUUCUUUGAAUUUAAUUAAUGUAGAUAAUGGAGAAAUGGUUGCCUGUCAUCAAAUGCCUCGCAUAUCUUUUGCCUCUGGCGGAGAUUCUGAUACUCUGGACUUUCUAGCUUAUAUAGCCAAAAAUGAAGACGAAUGGCGUGCCUGUUAUGUUCUAGAAUGUAUUGGUGGCCAAAGCGAAGAUUUGAUUGUUACUAUUGGCAAGGCGUUUAUGUUGCGCUACAAUGCUUUAAGUCAUAAGGAGCAUCAUACCCCGGAUAAAGAAUAUUAUAAUGAUCUACCUAAUAAAUUUCCACCGGAUUUGCUAAAUGAAAAUGAUUUAAAGUGCCAGCAGCCACAACUUAAAAAACUUAUGUCUGCGCAACAUAAAGUGACUCAACUGAAUUUGAAAAAACCAAGAGAUCGGCUUAGCAGUAAUUUAAUUGAUUUAAAUAGCCCGCCUCCCGAUCAGAGUAAUAAUAAAAUGUUACCUGGCAGUUUUGAUGGCAACAAAGACAAUGCGAUCAAUACCCCAUUCUCACAACCACCUGACGUCUUUGACAUACCAUCCUUUUCUUUAUCAGCUGAAGUGCAGCGUUCCCAGUUGAUGACUGAAUCAUGGUUCCAUGGCACUAUAAGUCGACCCGUGGCUGAAGGUCUACUAAAGAACGAUGGGGAUUUCUUGGUGCGUGAAUCACAAGGCAAACAUGGUCAAUAUGUUUUAACCGGUUUAGCUCAUAAAUCGCCCAAACAUCUGCUAUUAAUCGAUCCCGAGGGUGUGGUACGCACCAAAGAUCGCAUUUUCGAAAGUAUCAGUCAUUUGAUUAACUAUCACUGGACAAAUUCAUUGCCCAUUAUAUCGGAAGAUUCUGAACUGGUGUUGCGGAAUCCUAUCAUACGAGUAAAUAUGUUAGGCCAAAGUUCGAAUAUACACGCGCACCAUCAUCAUCACAUGUUACAUCACCAUCACAUACAAUUAUGUAAAGAUUGAAGAGCUUUAAAAACAUUUUUUUAAACGAACAUCUAUCUAUAUAUCCUUCUUAUGGUCUUAUGGUUUUAUAAGCAAAAGAACAUGAAAGUAAGAAUUUUCAGUGUUUUUUAAAACUAUACUUAUUACUUAUAUAUAUAUAUAUAUAUGUAUACUUGUGUAAUGCACCACCUGCAUGUGUAUGUAUUAAAUAAAACGGGCAAAUGCAAAUUGUUUUGGUGCCAUUGGUUUGACGUAUAGCGCUUUUCCAGUUCCAUACUACGCUUAUUUUCACAAUAACCAUAAACGAAAAAAAAAAACAAUUAAACGACCGAUUUCGGUCGCUGCUUAUUAAUUGAUAUUCGAAAUACCCGUUGAGUCACAUAAUCUUACCAUGUUUUCCAAAAUAUUUUGCGGAUUCCGGAAAUUAUUUUGAAAAGGAAACUUUCAUUUGUUGGUGAACCACAUACACAACAAUUUUUGUAAGAUCUGCUCGAGGUCGUAAUGUAUUUGAAAACUUAUUUGUCAUCUUCGAACAUUCGAAUGGUAAGCGGCUUCAAAUUGUUGGUGGCAUUCACUUCCAUGCGAUGAAUUUCGAGUUUCUACCACUCUUUGGGUAGACUAACACAAUAAAAAUUUCAUAAUUUUAAAGAAGUCAC